AGAUUUUGGAAUUUCGCUUUCACUUUACAGACUCACAGUCCCCAAGAGGACUGCACAAAUUUGGGUAUUCGAUUUCUCACUUCCGCAAAUCUGGAGAGGCACAGAGGAGACCGCUAUGGCCCCGACCAAGAUUCCCAUCCCUUUCGUCACUCUGCAGCUCCUUCUCGCUUCUCGGACUCCCCCGUGAACCACCACGACACUCGCCGGAGCCCCAGUAACUUCCGCGGCGGCGUUGCUGGAGCUAACCGUCGGCCUUUCGACAGCCCGCCUCGCUACUCUACUCCCGCUGCUGCUGGUUUUCGCCCGAUGGGAACUGGCGGGGGAUUCCGUCCAAUUCCUGGUCCUGGGGGUGGUGGUUUUGGGUCCGGUUUCCAGCCGCCACCUGUUGUAGGACAGAAACGGGGUUACCCUUUCGCUGGCCGUGGAAGUUCUCCAGAUCAUUCCGAUGGAAGCAAUUUUGCCAAGCUAUUUGUUGGAUCCGUUCCAAGGACAGCCACAGAAGAAAUUAUUCGCCCGUUGUUUGAAGAACAUGGAAAUGUGAUUGAAGUAGCUUUGAUAAAGGAUAAGAGAACAGGCCAGCAACAAGGAUGUUGUUUUGUAAAAUAUACUACCUCAGAAGAAGCUGAUAGAGCAAUUAGGAACUUGCACAAUCAACAUACCCUUCCUGGGGGAGCGGGCCCUAUUCAAGUUAGAUAUGCUGAUGGAGAGCGAGAGCGCCUUGGUGCAGUUGAGUACAAAUUGUUUGUUGGCUCACUAAAUAAACAAGCUUCAGAAAAAGAAGUUAAGGAAAUCUUUGCUCCCUAUGGAGUAGUUGAAGAUGUUUACCUUAUGCGGGAUGAAAUGAAACAGAGUCGUGGGUGUGGAUUUGUGAAGUAUUCCCAUAGGGACAUGGCACUAGCGGCUAUAAAUGCUCUUAAUGGAAUUUUCACGAUGAGAGGUUGUGAUCAACCAUUAAGUGUCCGCUUUGCUGACCCAAAGAAGCCCAAAUCUGGAGAUUCAAGGGGCCCUCCUGCAAUUGGAGGUCCAGGUUUUGGCUCUCGCUUUCAAGCGCCUGGGCCAAGACCAACGCCUAAUUUUGGUGAAUUUAUGGGUGAUCAAAUUCCAAUUGAUGUGCGAGGUUUCAGGCCACCUGUUGAUGCUGGAUCUCAUCCCUUUGGGGGUCAGUUGCCUCCUAGGUCCAGUGAAAUGGGACUACCUUUGAAUAUGGGUGGUCCUGCUGGUGGGUUCAGAGGUCCCAGUCAAGGGUUAGUCAAUCCAGCAUCCUUGGCUUCUCAACAGAAUUUUAAUCAGUCUGCAAGCCAACAUCCACCGUUAGGCCUGCAAGCUUCACCAGUACUAAAAACUAUUCAGUCACCGAAACAAUUGCCACCUUCGAGUCAAUUGCACCCUCAUGCUUCUCCCUAUUCUCAGACACAUACAUCUCCAGCAUUAGCACAACAGCAUAAUCAACCACAAAACUUCAAUUCUUCUGGUCAAUUGCCUUUUGGUCAGCCUGCACCUUCCCAAGGGUCACCUGGUUUAGGUGCGCAGUUGCCGGUAUCUCAGGCUAUGGUCCAGCAGGGUGCCUCAUCUGCUGCAGCAACACAUACUCCUUUAAGUAUGAACUUACAAUCCCAUGCUGCUGCCCCUAAUCAACAGCAGCUUCCUACUCCAAUUCAGCCAUCUCAGAAUUCACCUUCUCAGUUAGCGCACAUGCUGUCACAACAAAAACAAACUCUACAGGCUAGGUUCCAGUCUUCCCAGCAGGCAUUCUCUCAGCUACAGCAGCAGUUGCAGCUGAUACAACCAUCAAAUCAAAGUUCAACAUUGCAACUGAGUUCCCAGACUAUUAAGCAGCAGAUGCCCUUGCAGUCUCACUGGGGAGGGGUUGUGCCACAGACAGCUGCCAGCGCCGCUUCUGCAACUUCAGAUGCACAUACAUCUACAGUUCCUCCUGUAGCCAUAAAUACCCAAGUUGUGGCUCCUGUGAAAUGCAAUUGGACCGAGCACACUUCUCCUGAUGGUUAUAAAUACUAUUAUAACAGUGUUACCGGUGAGAGCAAGUGGGAGAAACCUGAAGAGCUUUCGGCGAUUGAGCAACAACAAAAGCCACCGGUACUGCAGCCUCAUAACCAGCCACAUCCUCAAGUACUAUCUAGCCAGCAACUCUCUCAAACUCCCCAAGCCCAGCUUCAAAUUCAGUUCCAGACACAGAUGCCCCACCCUCAGCCGCUACAGCAACCUUCAUUCCAUUCACAGGAAGGUGCUUAUACACAAUUGCAGCCAGCCAAUAGCUCAGUAAAUGAUCCUACUCGCUUCCACCAGGGAUUUCCGGCAACUCAAGAGUGGGCAUGGAAGAAUAAAUAAUCAGCAGGAGCUUGAAGUGGAACAAUGGGAUCUACAUUCAUCUGCCAUUUAAGUUGUGAAAUGAAGAUAUUAGGCUCCUGUUGCCUUGAAGUUCAAGGCAGGGAACAGCUUUGUAAGGUACAGAAACUACAGAUAAGAUGAGCAAUGCUUCAAGGGAGUUUGUCUGCCGCAAAUUCUCUUUACCGUGAGAUGAUAUUCUGUUGCAGUUAAUACCGUGGCACCAUAGAGAACAUCUAAAUGCAUCGGCUUUGUUAUAACAUAAUGCUAUGAAUGUAUCAUAUUGCUUAAAGUUCCUGUAUUGCUCAUAAAGCGUUUAUGUACUUAUAAAUUAGUCUUUUGUGCUGCCUUCUUAGUUUCUCAGCAAAUACUGGCGGCUCUUUUGUCAUGCACAUCGUAAAAGUUGGGAGUUCAAGAGGAUAUGUAGACUUUCUUUUGUA